AUAGUCGAUUUUGUUCCAGUGUCCACGGUGGAGGUGGAGGCCGUGGUGGGGCGGAGCGCCUCCCUGCCCUGCGACAUAGAACCUGACACGAACGAAGACCGCGUGUAUAUGGUGCUGUGGUUCCGGCAUUCUGGAGGGAAGCCUCUAUACAGUUUCGACGUCCGCGGCCGCAGUUUCAACAAGGCCCUCCACUGGUCCGACCCGCUGGCGUUCGGCCGGCGGGCCUACUUCGUGACCAUGUCCCGACCAGCAUCGUUAGUGGUCGACGCGGUACAACUGGACGACGAGGGCGUGUAUCGGUGUCGAGUCGACUUUAAGAACUCGCCAACGAGGAACUUUCAGAUACGACUCACUGUCGUUGUGCCUCCACACAAGCUGUUGCUGUACGACGAGCAGGGCCGCGACGUCGCCGGUGUGGUCGGGCCUUUAGAAGAGGGUGGAAACUUUACGCUUCUCUGCGAGCUUAGAGGGGGCCGCCCACAACCCACCCUAACCUGGCUGAUCAACAACAAGCCAGUGGAAGACCACACCCUCCUCAAGAACGACGGGAAGGUCAUGGUUUCCCGCAUCACAGUCAGUGGAGCGGAGCGAAGCUGGCUGAACCACACUGUGCGUUGCCAAGCGGCCAACACUCCUUUACUGAGCCCGCAUGAGAGAGCGGCCAGGGUCGAGAUGCACUUACGUCCUACCUCAGUGGCCAUCACGGACAAACCUGGGCAGAUGUCAGCAGACACAGAAGUUACUCUGGUCUGCGUCAGCCACGGCAGCAGGCCGCCGGCUCAUAUCACCUGGUUCAGGGAGAACAGGCGGUAUACGAGAGGAAAGCACAACGACUUCUCCAACGACACGUCGUCGGUCAGUCGGCUGACGAUCGUCCCGCAACCGGAAGACGACGGCGCGGUCAUGCGGUGUCGCGCCGACAACGCCAUUCUGCGUACAGCGCUGGAGGACUCCUUCAAAAUGAGCGUCGUUUAUAAGCCAGUAUUAGCUAUGUCGCUGGGUAGCACGUUGAACGCGAACGACAUCAAGGAGGGGGACGACGUGUACUUCGAAUGCAACAUCAGGGCGAACCCGAAGGAAUACCGCAUUUCGUGGUUCCAUAACGACCAGCAAAUCAAUCAGAACAUGUCUUCCGGGGUCAUCUUCAGCACCAAGUCGCUGGUGCUACAAGGCGUCACGCGGAGAGACGGCGGGCUAUACACUUGCAGCGCCGCCAACCAGAUAGGGGAGGCGACUAGCCAAGCGGUCUACUUGAGGGUGCAGUACACGCCCGUCUGCGCGCAGCUAUCUCCCCUCCUGAUUGGUGCUCGGUUAGACGAGCCGCUGCGCGUACGCUGCACUGUCAGCGCAGACCCCGCUGACGUCACGUUCUCCUGGCAGUUCAAUAAUAGCGGGGAGAGUUUUCAAGUGUCACCAGCUAGAUAUGUAUCUACUGGUGGCACAGCGAGCGAGCUGCGCUAUCGCGCGGCAAGUGACCGCGACUACGGCGCGCUGCUUUGUCGCGCGACAAACGCUGUUGGCCGACAGAAGAGGCCGUGUGUCUUCCAAAUUGUGCCAGCUGCACGCCCAUCUCCGCCUCGCAACUGCACGGCAAACAGAGUCCUCAAGAGCGGGGAAGCGUUCCUGUCAGUGCGGUGCCUGGCCGGCUACGACGGGGGGCUGAGUCAAAGAUUCACGCUGGACGCUCUGGGGGACAACAUCAGAACGCUGGCUAACACCACAGCGUCUAAUUUAGACUUGGUAGUAUGGCUGAACGUCAGCUGGUCGGCGUUGGAAGCUCUCACUGAAGACGAGAUCCUCGGCGUGGUGGCCAGGAACAGCAAGGGUGCUUCUGAACCGGCGCUGCUGAGGGAGCUGGUCUUCCGAGAUGCAGCCAAGAGGACUGAAGAAACCACGCCUCGCAUCACGACGAGGUUUCCUGCAGCAGCGGCGCUGGCUGCCUUAGCUGCGCUCGUUACAGCGAUUGGUGCUAUUGUGGUGCUAGCUGUACGCAGACGAAACGAGAACACAUCAAACAGCAAGCGCCCCUCCCAAUCCGUGGUGCAGGUUGACGCACAAGGCAGGCGGUACCUCAUCGCGUACCCGCCAGCUGAUAAGCUGGAAACUAAACCUGACAUCUUGAAUCCUAAGCCUGAAAGCGAGCCACCGCGCGUAGUCCUGGAAUCCAGCGACAACAAAAGCUACACUAUCAGAGAGCAGGAAGUAGCAUACGUGACGACAGCCACGCACGAUCAAAUGAUGCCGGAGAGAUAACAAAAGGAAUAGCGGCUCUUGUAAAUAUAAAUGAAAAUGUUUAUUGUAAAUUCCAAAUUGCCAAUUGUAAUUUAGGGGCUAUAGCAUGGUAUCGUUUUUAUGUAUCGCAUCGAAGCG